AAUCCCAAUAUUUGAGCUUGAGUUCAAAAUACAAAACGCUCACGAAACCUCUCAAUCCAUAGCAAUAAUUUGUCAAUCUCCAAAACACACAUGUUUUCCCUAGCUAAUAAUCUGCCCCCAAUUCUAUCCGCAUACACAGCAUUUACCGGAUUCGCAUUCCUGAUCCGGACAAUCCUAGGCGAGUUCAAAGCCAUUGUCAACCAGAUCUUGCCCGGAGAAAUCCGGGCAAGAAUCUGGCAAAAACUCGAACGCGUGAUGACAAUGUGCAACUUCACAUCCCAAAUGACAAUGGUCAUUGAAGAAUACAACGGCCUCACUCCCAACGAGAUCUUCGAGGCUUCCGAGGUUUACUUAAGAUCAAAGUUGGGCACGUUAUCGACCAAUAGGCUCAAGAUCUGCAAGGCGACGCAAGAAGCGAAUAUCUCUUUCGUUGUAAGCAGAAAUGAGAAGAUAAAUGACACGUUUGAAGGCGCAGAGUUCAUAUGGGAAAUGAAAGUCGCCCCCACUUCGUCUCGUCAGAAGCCAAGCAACGAUUACGAUGUUCGACCGCCUUCGGAAGUUGGGGACUUGAGAUCAUUUGAACUCACAUUCAACAAGGAGAUAAAAGGUAUGGUUUUGACAUCAUAUAUUCCAUUUGUGUUGAAAAAGUCAAAAGAGCUAAGAGAAAAGGAGAAGAUGAUCAAGCUUUUGCCACUUGGAAAUUGGCAUGAGGAAGUCUGUCUUGACCACCCCUCCACAUUUAAGACUCUUGCGAUGGACCCGGACCUCAAGAGGGAACUCAUUGAGGACUUGGACCGGUUCGUGCGACGAAGGGAGUAUUAUAGGAGAGUCGGGAAAGCAUGGAAGCGAGGGUACUUGUUGUAUGGGCCCCCAGGAACUGGGAAGUCGAGCCUGAUAGCGGCGAUGGCAAAUUACUUGAAAUUCGACAUCUUCGACUUAGACCUCACAGGCCUGAAGAGCAACUCGGAACUCCAAGUGAGAAUGCCCAUGACCAAGAAUAGAUCCAUUCUUGUAAUUGAGGAUAUUGAUUGCAACAUUGAGGCGCGGAGCAGAAACCUUGUCGAUAACACUCACAAGGAAAGUCAGCUAACGCUAUCAGGUUUAUUGAACUUCAUUGAUGGACUAUGGUCGUGCUGUGGGGACGAAAGGAUCAUCGUGUUCACAACUAACUGCAAAGAAAGACUAGACCCAGCACUCCUUAGACCCAGAAGAAUGGACAUUCACAUCCACAUGUCCUAUUGCACUCCGAGUGCCUUUCGGGUUCUUGCAUCAAAUUACCAUGGACUGAAUGACCACUCCACAUUUGUCGAGAUCGACAAACUUCUAUCUGAGACGGACGUGACUCCGGGGGAGAUAGCGGAAGAGCUUAUGAAGUGUGAAAAUGCCGAUAUUGCCCUUGAAGGACUCAUCAAGUUCAUACAAAAGAAAAAAGGAGCACAUGAAGACUAUGUAGUAGAGGACAUAAAUUGUCCCUUUUGAUGUAGUACAAUUUAUUUCAACAUAUUGUCAUCGCAAUCCCAAAAUAAAGCCCAUCUUGUUUUCAUAAUUGUCUUUUGAGUGUGUGGCUAUAAUUUAUUUUGAUUUUUGAGGGGAGAUAAAUAUUGGAAAGCAAAUAUUCAUAACUAGAAAAGAAAAUAGAAAGAUUUCU